AUGAAUGCCUGGCUCACUGACGCCGCGACUGCGAAUAUCCCUACCCACGAUAAUGGCACCUUCUCCAAUAACCCUACUAUCGAUCCUUCAAUGGCCUUCCUCCACCAUCAGUCCCCUCCUGCCCAGUUCCAGCGCAUGUUCAACAACAGUGGCGCCCCCCAGAACAUGUCUCCUGGUUUCCAUAACCCGGCCUCCGUGAUCCCGUCCAAAAGACCUCGUCCCGAUGAUGGCAUGUCCAUGUCUCCCAGGCCAGCACCCGGUGGCUUGCCAAAUUCCCGUUCGCAUACUCCCCAAGUGCCUUAUCCGGGAUAUCAGGGACAACAGAUCAAUGGCGCGUCGCAAUUUCCCCAGCCGCAGCAUGCUCCAACGCCCUAUCAACAUCUCCAGCAAGGGGGCUCUGCCAAUGCCAGUCCAUCUCCAAUCCUUCAGGAAUUUGAUCAACAAGGUGUGCAGGGUGUACAGGGCGUGCAGGGUGUGCAAGGCGUGCAACGGAUGCAGACUGCGUCUCCCAGUCCCUUUUCACCUGCUGGAAUGCAUGUCGUGCCGCAAAUAUCUCCUUCACAUUCAGAUCAUGGCAGUCGCGUCAAUACCCCGCAGAGUAACAGCUUCCCCCAGGGCCAACCUUAUGGCCAGGUUGUCGCUCCUCCUCAUUUCUCCCAAUCUCCCGCAAUGACGUCCGCUAGCAUGCAUCCUGCUAUCCAGGCGCAAUUGAACCAGAACAACGCUGGCCAUCUCCCGCAAGGUUACCCGCAACAGCAACAAAUGUCUUCGCAACAGCGGCUGUAUCAGAUACAGCUACAAAACCAAGCGCGUCAGAUGCAGGCGGCCGCUGCUGCUGCUGCCUCUUCUCCUGCUGGCGUAGUUGGACGGCCCAUGGGCGCUGGGGGUCCAACACCUAUGCCACAUUCCCAUAUGGCUGCUAUGCGACAACUGCAGCAGAGCAUGGGAAAACCAUUGAAUGCAGACGGAUUUCUUCAAACACUGCAGCGAUUUUGGCUCUCCCGUGGUCAACCUCAAGUAAACCUUGCUCCUAUCGUUAGUGGGCGACCGCUCAAUCUCAUGCAGCUAUAUGCGAUUGUCAUGAAGAUGGGCGGGUCUAAGAAGGUUACCGCGACGAAUUCAUGGCCCAUAGUAGCUCAACAAUUACAGUUCCCUCCCAUGCAGUACCCAACGGCAGUACAAGAAAUCAGCGAACAUUACAUGAGGAUCCUUGCGCAAUACGAGCAAGCGUGGUUAUCAUCUCAACAAAAGCAGUUCCCCGAUCAAAUGCAUGGUAGUCCGCAGCGGGAUGCCAGCGAAGGUGCUAUAAGUGUUAACCCGCAACAAAUAUCACCACCUGUCAAGCAGCAACCACCCAUGGGCAACCAUAAUAAUUCUUUCGACAUGGGCCAGCAAUUCUCCUCAGUUCCUGCGCAGGCGCCGCAGAUGCAACCGCAUAACCAUGCGCAGCCUAUGCCAGUAAACGGGUUCUCGACACCCGUCCAAUCCAAAUCCCAACAGAGACAUGUAAAUCACCAGCAACGAUCGAGCUUGUCCCGACCUCCUGAGUCGAUGUCGCCCAACGGGCGGGUUGCGCAGUUUUCUGCAUCGCCCAUCCAGACGGAGAAAAAGUCAGUUCCUAAAACAACAAAAUCCCAGCACGGUGGUGACGAUGGUGUUGUCGAGGAGCCACCAAGCACAUCAUAUCGUCGUCCUAUUGAGGAUCCUUUCAAGCCUGUUAUAUUUCCUGAAAGUCAAUACCAUGGACCUAUUUUUGUGGAAGAGAUAUUUCAAUUAGGAGAGGAAAUUAUUCGACUAAAACCUAAUAUACCUAGCUUUUAUGAAUUGGGCGUAAUCGACAUUCACGCAUUGACCAUGAGCAUUAAAUCUGGAAUUCAUGCAGAAAUGCGAAUGGCAUUAGACACUUUAACGGUCAUAUCGAAUGAGCGAUCAAUCCAGGUCUCACUAGAAAACUGCGAAGAUUUGGUCGAGGCUUUGAUUGAGUGUGCGGAGGAACAAGCUGAGCUUCUGGCUGAAAACGCAGCUGAAGUUUCUGAUGUCAUGCUCUUACCCUCGUAUGAAGAGGUCCUUCGUGGCUGUCGACAGGAGAUGGAAAUGCUACUCGACGUUCCCGAGUUUGGCAGUCUAGAUUAUGAACUUGAUCGUGCCGUGGACCGGCUAAUCUGUAUUACAACCAUCAUACGAAACUUCUCCUUCGCCGAAUCGAACUACCCGCUACUGGCUCUCCCCUUCGUUGUCCGCUUUAUGUCAACGAUAAUACGAUACCUAGGGACAAGAAACUUGCUCUUACGAAACCACCAAAACACACUGGAUUUCAUGAAAGACGCCGUCAUCUAUCUUAGCAAUGUGUCCCACUACAUCCAACUGCCCGGUAAAGACGAAGCGCAAUGUAUCCUCCACUUCCUCCUCUCCUUCACUCCAACACCCAUGCCGACCUCUUUCGGUCCCAACACGAUCAUGUUCACACCAUACAACCCGAGCAUACACAGAUACAUGCACGCAGCCGUAGACAGCCUCGCCAAGCUCCUCGCGCGCGACGACCCGAAUCGCACCUACUUCAAAUCCAUAUUCGCUCAAGACAGCAAUAGCAACAUCAGCUCCAACGCUAACACCAACUUUACAAACGGCAACGUCAACGCUAACUGCGACAGGCACAGCAGCACACCCCCACCCCAAUCCGAAACGCAGUCUCCAAUCCCGACCACAACAACCACAAUACAGACGUCCACCCCUUACUCCGCCCCCAACGAACUCCUAACCCGCACCUUCGGCCUCUCCAUCGCCGCCAUCCCCGAACACAUGCGCGGCAACAUCAUCACCAUCGUCGACGCGCGCAAGCCGCUCCUCAUCCAGUCCAUGCUGGCAGCGGACAUUCUCGCCUCGUUUGCGGAUAAUACGCUGGCGCGUGCCUGGCUGGAGUCGACGGAUGGGUUUGCGAUUAGUUUGUUGAGGUUGGUGUGUUUAUUGAGUACGGAUCGGACGGGUGGUGGAGGGGGUUCGGGGGGACAUAGAGGCGGUGGACAGGGAGGGCAUGGUGGUAGGGCUGCGGAUGCUGAUGUACAUGGGUAUGGAUCUAUUACGUCGAGGGGUUUGGGGGUUCUAGUGAAGCUUGCGGGGAAGGCAAGGGUUGGGGAUGGUGGUGGUGGGAGUGCUGGUGUUGUGAGUAAGGUGCCCAUUCCGCCGCUGGGUGUUUUCCCGAAGAAGGAGAAUCUGCUUGGUGCGCUGUUGACGCCGAAUAUUGAUCCGAAUGUUGUGAGGCAGCUUUGCGAGUAUGCGGGAUUGGGGUAUUGA